AUGGGAGAGCCUCAUAUGACAGACUCUGAAAAUGAAGAUAUCCCAAGGCAAAAAGACAGUGACUCAGAUAAUGAGGAGCCUCCAAAUCACAAUGUAAGUGAUUCAGACAAUGAAGCAGCUCAUGGAGGGAAAGACAGUGAUUCUGAUACUGAGGACCGUCCAAAUCGGCAUUUAAGUGACUCUGAAAAUGAAGAUGCCUUAAAUCAUCGAGCAAGUGACUCUGAAAAUGGAGAACCUCACAGGGAUCACAGUAGUGAUUUUGAAAAUGAGGAAUCGCACAAGCAGCCAGCCAGCGACUCCGAGAGCGAGGAGCUCCACAAGCAGCCAGCCAGCGACUCGGAGAGUGAGGAGCUCCACAAGCAGCCAGCCAGCGACUCGGAGAGUGAGGAACUCCGCAAACAGCCGGCUAGCGACUCAGAGAGCGAGGAUGUUUCCAGACAGAAACAAGAAGUAGAGUCUGAGGACAGUGAUGGGGAGGACAGGAAGGAGGAGGUGCAGAAUGAUUCUCAUCACUCAGAUAAUGAGCAUGUUAGGGAAGGAUUUGAGGGCUCUGACAGUGAAGAGGAAGCUCCUAAGAGACGAAAAAUAUCGGACAGUGAUGAAGAAGAGAAAGAGGAGGAGAAGGUGGUGAAGAGGAAAACAGCUAUCCUUUCUGACAGUGAGGAUGACAAUGAGAAAACACCUGCAAAAAAGGUACGAAUCCUUUCUGAUGUCGAAGAAUCAGAUAGUGAUGCUGCUUCAGAGAAAUCUGACAAAAGGAAGAAAAAUAUUGUAUCAGAUAGUGAGGAAGAGGAAGAAGAAAGAAAAGAGAAUGCUGGGAAGAAAAAAGAAGAGAAAGAUCUGUUUGGCAGUGACAGUGAAUCUGGAAAUGAACAAGAGAACCUGAUUGCAGAUAUAUUUGGAGAAUCUGGUGAUGAGGAAGAAGAGGAAUUUACAGGUUUUAAUCAGGAGGAUUUGGAGGAGGAGAAAGGUGAUGCAGACAUGAAGGAGACAGCAGAUGAAUCGGACUCCGAUGAUAACAUCAAAAGAGGGAAGCACAUGGACUUCAUGUCAGAUUUUGACAUGAUGCUGCAACGAAAGAAGAGCAUGAGUGGCAAGCGUAGACGAAACCGUGAUGGUGGAACUUUUAUUAGUGAUGCAGAUGAUGUGGUCAGUGCUAUGAUUGUGAAGAUGAACGAAGCUGCUGAGGAGGAUCGACAGCUGAAUACACAAAAGAAACCAGCACUAAAGAAAUUGACUUUGCUACCAACUGUAGUUAUGCAUCUUAAAAAGCAGGACCUCAAAGAAACUUUCAUCGAUAGUGGAGUAAUGUCUGCCAUCAAAGAGUGGCUUUCUCCUCUUCCAGACCGAAGUCUGCCAGCACUAAAGAUACGGGAGGAGCUUCUGAAGAUCCUGCAAGAGCUGCCCAGUGUGAGCCAAGAGACCCUGAAGCACAGUGGCAUUGGACGAGCUGUGAUGUACCUCUACAAACACCCCAAAGAGUCGAGACCUAACAAGGAUAUGGCAGGGAAGCUAAUCAAUGAAUGGUCUCGACCCAUCUUUGGCCUUACCUCAAACUACAAAGGCAUGACAAGAGAAGAGAGGGAACAGAGAGACUUGGAACAGAUGCCUCAACGAAGGAGAUUGAGCAGCUCUGGUGGUCAGACUCCCCGCAGGGACCUGGAGAAAGUGUUAACUGGAGAGGAAAAGGCUCUUAGGCCCGGAGACCCCGGGUUCUGUGCCCGUGCGAGGGUGCCAAUGCCCUCCAACAAGGACUAUGUGGUGAGGCCAAAGUGGAAUGUGGAGAUGGAGUCCUCCAGGCCCGGGACUAUUAAAAGAGGUAUUAGUCGCUUGGAAAAACACAAGAGACGGUUUGCUGAACAGAAACGACUCAGCAAAGUGCAUCGGGCCAUCAAGUUCAGCAUUGAAGGCAACAGGAUGCCCCUGUAGCCAUGACACUCUGCCUUCCCCGAGUUUGAGAGUUCCAGGGGACCUCUAAGAAAGGGGUGAGUCGACUGGACAAACAGAUGCGGAAAUUCACAGAUAUCAGGAAAAAAAGCAGAUCGGCCCAUGCAGUGAAAAUCAGCAUUGAGGGCAAUAAGAUGCCAUUGUGACCCUUCACAGAAUACCCCACGAUCUCUGCUGUAAGACAAUACACCCAUAGACUCUUUGGAGACCUUUAAAUUUUUUAACAACUUGCUUGGGUUUUUUUAGUGAAUCUUUAAAUUGUUGGUUCAGGUUCUGGUAUAAGAUGUUGUC